UUUCGCUCGUGUGUUCAGGAUCCGUGAGAACAACCGCGGAUGCGCGUACCUCGGUGCCGAUCGACACGUUCCGAACAUGAUCUUGCGGCGCAUUACGAACACCCUCCUGCAAUUCGUCGCGCUAGCGACCGUCGUUCAUUCAAUGGAAUCUCGGUGGAGUGUUUUAUCGUGGAUGUCGAGUAACGUUUGCGCUCUGAUUAUCUUCCCGGCGAGCACGCAGCAAUGGUCCUUGUUGGGUUUGAAUCUGUGGUCGAGCCAGACCGUGGAGAAACCUCACGACAGAUUCGACCUAAACAAAAAUCCUAUCUCGAGGGUUCUGAAUUUCUUCCCCAUCCCCGUGGAGGAGGAGUGCCUAUCGCAGGACAAACGACGCCGAGGAGUAUGCAUGAACACGUAUGAGUGCCGUAUUCAACGAGGCAAGUCUCAUGGACCGUGCGCGCUCGGUUUCGGCGUGUGUUGCAUAUUCACGGCAAGUUGCGCGGAGGAGGUGCAAAAUAAUCUGACCUACGUGAUCAGCCCUGGUUUCCCCAACCUCAUUGACUGUGCAGGUCAACCUAACGCUAGGACGGGCGUAUGUGACGAAGAUAUCAUGGAAAUCAGAAAUGGCAGGAGCGUAUUUCAAAUGUGCGGCUGGAACAGCGGCCAACAUUUGUACGUGGACGUCGACGCGGACGAUGAGCCGUUGACGCUGGACAUCAAACUGCCGAAUAGGCUGCAGUCCCGCAUGUGGGAGAUACGGAUCGUCCAGCUGGCGUUCGAACAGCGCGCGCCUACCGGUUGCCUCCAGUAUUUUCAGGGCAACAACGGCACCCUGAAGACGCUCAACUAUUUGUCGAACGGCAGAUUCCUGGCCGACCAAGAUUAUCUGCUUUGCAUCCGCCAAGAGAAGGGAAUGUGCGGAAUCUCCUACACGCCUUGCACCUCGGACUCAUUUCGGAUUGGUCCACCCAGGAUGCAGAUUAUCGACUCGAACAACACGAACGCCAACGCGUCCAGCGUCGCUGAGAACACAGCGGGGAACACGGUCGCGCAAAAUACGAGCGAUAACGCGAGCUCCGUGAACGAUGUCGACGCGGAUAUCGAAGGAUCAGGAGCGGAUCCCGCGAACCAGGAAGCUGCUGGCGCGUCAAUGAACGCGACGAAUCUGAUGGAACAAGAAGCAGAGGCUGCCGCCACGUCCUAUGGGCAAGAACGCUGCAGGAACAGAGUGCUCAUCCCUUGUGACUUCGAGGAAUUUAUUACGCCUGGGAAUAACGAGGCAGGGAUUUGCAAUCUUGAACACUGCGGUAACUCUCUGUGCGAUCAAAAUGAGCUGGACGAAGAGGGAAAGUGUCGCGUGGAAACUUGGGCAACGCCCUUUCGCAUAAGAGUCGCUUUUGGUCCCGGACAGGACACAGGAACCACAUUGGAGGACAAUAUUGGCAUGUGCCUCAUGUACGAGCAAUUACUUUGCGUGUCCUGAACGACCAGUGAUAAAUGAGUUUAGAAGUGGAAUGCAACAAGAACUGAAAUUCAUGCAGGGAAAUCAAAUCAUUCGUGUUGUUUGUUCAAUCGAUUAAAACUGAACCAAUAUUUGAAGAGUAUACUUUAACACUGGCCGGGAUUUGUCCUUGCAAUAAAUGUGAUUUAUCAAUUCUAUUUUUAAAAGGUUAGUCCAUUAUAGCCGCAUUCGCAGUUUAACCC